AUGGUGCAGCCCGUGCUGGAAAUGUGGAGGCUCGCAUCGUCGUUCUUCGGAGCUUUUCCACUCUGAGCAUCACCCUUGGUAAUAAACUACGCUCGCGAACUCCUCCACGCUGGCUGCCCUUUGGCUGUGACAAAUUUCGCAUCGUUUCUUGACGUUUGUCGACAAUAUCCACGAUGCCAGCGUUUCCCGACGACAGCACAGGAGGUGACCUGUCCCAGGCGAAAAGUGACGAGGAUGCCAAGGACAAUGCAGCCAACGUUGAUGAUCAGGAAGCUGAUCUGGACCACGAUGACACUGAACACGAUCAUGACCAUGACAAUGAACAAGAUCACGAACAGGACCACGACCAAGACGAGCCAAAGGUGCCAGACUCCCCAGAAAACGAGAUCACCCUUCAGAUGCUCGAGGAGUCUGUAAGUCACACUCCGGGUCCGAGCCUUGCUUCGCGGAGAGUUGAAGGUGCUGCCGGUGGAUCAGAUAGCCAGCCGGCACCUAGCAAGACAAGGGAGCAGAUUGAAGAAGAAGAGCGCGAGAAGAUGCAGGUUCUUGUAUCCAAUUUCUCGGAAGCCCAGUUGAACAGGUACGAGAUGUACAGGCGUUCAGCAUUUCCGAAAGCCGCGGUGAAGCGGCUGGUCCAGUCCAUCACUGGCUGCUCAGUCUCCCAGAACGUUGUUAUUGCGGUGUCUGGCAUCGCAAAGGUGUUUGUGGGUGAAGUGGUGGAGGAAGCACUUGAUGUUCUCGAGAAGCAAGGAGAGACUGGGCCUCUGCAGCCCAAGCACUUGCGCGAAGCUGUUCGCCGCCUCAGGGCCCGCGGCUUUAUCCCGAAUGGCCGCAAGCGACCUGCCUGUGUCCUCAGGUGACAUCAGCAGAAUCGGGAAAGGAACCAUGCUGAUAACUUGACAGCUGUUCAUUGUUGCUGCAGAGGCAGAGACAACAGGUGUGAAUAUGUAAAAUAUUUUAUUAUUUCCAUUCUGUACAUAUUAUUAUUUUUACUAACCAUAACAUCAUAUGGGGACCAUCAUAUGUUCAUGACUUGUGAAGUAUGAAAAUGAAAAUAGAUAAAUAAUAAAGAAGUGUGCUGUGAUGUUGUGAA